UGGGAGGAGUGGGGGCAGCAGGGGGCCCGGGGGUGGGGUUCCUGCAGAAGCGCGCCAUGCGGCGGUCGCUGGCGGUGCAGGACACGCUGCCGGUGGGGGUGGAGUACGACAAGGAGAGCGUGGGCGAGGGGUAUGUGGCGGGGGGGGAGGGGCUCAAGGGGGCGCUGGAGAUGCGCCGGGGGGAGGAGACGUGGAGCGGGCAGCGCGUGUCUGUGAUCUGCAUGGAGGCGCAAAGACGGAGUGCGAGGUGUACCUGCUGCUGGUGGACGACCUGUUUGACGCCCCUCGAGAGCUUCCCCGAGCUGCUCACCGCCAUGCGCACGGAGCUGAGCCUGCCCCUGGCCCCCCACGAGCGCCUGUCGCGCCCGCGCAGCCUGCACAGCACGCGCAGCUUCCAGAGCCUGCGCAGCAAGAGCCGCGGCCGCCCCACGCCCUUCACGGCAGAUGCCACCGCCAGCAAGACCCUCUCGUUUGGCAAAGGACGGGUCAUGAGGAUUGGAAGCCCAAGAGGUUGAUGGAGGGUACACGCGCAACAGUGCGUGGAUUUUCAUUACCAGGGGUGAGGCUUCGUCAUGUCAAGCAGCAGCGUUCAAUUGCUUGUCUAUAUCGCUUGUGCCUUGGAUCUUUUGUAUGCUCGUUGUUCUGCACAGG